ACAAUAAGAACUGAUAAAACUUCAAUCGGCGGCAUAUUAUUAUAUGUGGCCAGUUUCUUUAAAGACUUCAGUAUUAAUCAACAAUUCUUCAGAUUAAGCUGUCAUAAAAGUAUUAAAAAUGACUCUCAAAGGUUUUCUCCUUUUGGGCAUUUUUUCGGUCACAUGCCUGGCUCUUGGUGAUGUGUGCAAAAAAGACGGCGUUUUUCCUCAUUCGACGGAUUGCACCAAAUUCUACACAUGUCACGGUUCGACGAAAUUCGGUUUUGAAAAACAAGAGCACCGAUGCCCCAGUGGAAUGAUGUUCAGCAAGUACGAUUAUCAAUGCGUCGAUUUGACGGAGGAUCCUGAGUGCGAACAGGAAGUCCUUCGGCAGUACGACCCUUACGUGAGUGACCCUGCGUGCGACGGUCAGGCGGUCCACUGUGCCAACUGCACCCACCUGGUCUAUUGCCAGCUCGUCGGCGAGGAAUUCCAGAACCCGAACUAUGAGGAUUGCGCCGUAUCCACGAUGAAUGCCGCUCCUUAUUGCGACGCGAACCAGAGAACGUGCACCUCCCUCCUCCCCGAGGGCUGCAAAGUGCCUGGAUUUGUUUGUACGUCGCCAGGAUUCUUCCCCGACACCAAAGGCUGCAAUGUUUACCACAUCUGCUAUGAUGCUGUUGAAUACGAAUCCUACAGAUGCGCUUCCCUUCAAAAGCCACUAUACAACAGCCAGGAAUUCAGGUGCAGCAAUGAAUCACAAUGUCAGGAGCAGUCCGCUUGUGGUGGAACCAUCGGCCUAGUGGCGUACCCGAACGACCCUCGCUACUAUUUGCUCUGCAUGUCCGCCGGCCGCAGUGAAAUUUACUCUUGCAAGGGCAACACCGAGUUCAUCGAUGGCGCUCAGGGCUGCCAGUUUGUCUGCAACGAGGAAGGUCUCUUCCCUGACGUGGAAGAUUGCUUCUCUUACUACCGGUGUGAGUCCAACAUGGGCAUCUUCAAUAAGGUAAAUGAAACUUGCCCCACUGGUCUUGCGUUCAACCCGAUUGCAAGAGCCUGCGAUGCAGUUGAUAAUGUCAAAUGCUAAAUUCUUUUAACAAAAAAAGUUUGUUAAUUAAUUAAAUAAUUGAAAUGUUAAACAAAAA